GUACGUAACCUCUUCUCCUCCUCAGCCUGUCAAAUCUUCCCUUUCCCUCUUUCCUUCCUUUCUUCCUCUCUCCCCCGCCACUUUGUCUAAACUUUCUCUCUCAUCCUCCUCUCUCUCUCUUUCUCCCCCGCGAAGAUUCGUCAAAUUCCGUCCAUAUUUCGCCAGAGGAGCCAACAAUUACCGGCUAUACUUCACCUUUCCUCGAUCACAAUCACGAUCAUGAAUCCAGACUAUGACUAUCUGUUCAAGCUUUUGCUAAUUGGAGAUUCUGGUGUUGGCAAAUCAUGUCUCCUUUUGAGAUUUGCUGAUGAUUCUUAUUUGGAGAGUUACAUAAGCACCAUUGGAGUUGAUUUUAAAAUACGCACCGUGGAGCAAGAUGGGAAGACUAUCAAACUUCAAAUUUGGGACACUGCAGGGCAAGAGCGUUUUAGGACAAUCACUAGCAGCUACUACCGUGGAGCCCAUGGAAUAAUAGUGGUUUAUGACGUUACAGAUCAAGAGAGUUUCAAUAAUGUCAAGCAGUGGCUUAAUGAGAUUGAUCGGUAUGCAAGUGACAGUGUCAACAAACUUCUAGUUGGGAACAAGUGUGAUCUGACUUCAAAAAAAGUCGUGUCUUAUGAAACAGGCAAGGCAUUAGCCGAUGAAAUGGGCUUACCGUUCUUGGAGACUAGUGCAAAAGAUGCUACUAACGUGGAGCAGGCUUUCAUGGCUAUGGCUGCUGCAAUAAAAACUAGGAUGGCAAGUCAACCAGCUACGACCAAUGCCAAGCCUGCAACAGUGAAUAUCCGCGGGCAGCCUGUUGCACAGAGCAGUGGCUGCUGCUCUUAAGGAGUACUUUCCCUUGCUACUUUCUUGUUGGCUGCCCCAUAGCAUGUAAAAUUAUAUCCUUUCACUUUAUUUGAAGGAAAAGCAUUCUCCAACUCACCCUUGUUUAGAUUUGCUUUUUCCUCAGUGCUUUGGAAAUGUGUUCUGAUUCUUUUCUUUAAGUCAUCGAUUAUGAGACCGUGUACAAAUGAAGAUCGUAAUUAACGGUUUCUUUAUCCACAGCAAAA